AUGACUGGCAAGAACGGCAGCAAAGGCAAGGCGGUCAGCAAAGGCCAAGGGCUACCACCGCCACAAGAUCAGAAGGUGUCGAAGGACCGCAACGUCAGCAGCGUCUCUGCCUGCUCCAGCAACGGCAAGGCAAUCAGCAAGACCUACUUCAAAGGCUCCAAUGACAAGGGCUUCAAGGGCACCUUGGGAAAGAGAUUCGAGGGCAUCGGCAAAGCCAGAAGCACAGCCGAUGAUGCAAGGCAGAGCGCCAUUGGUUUGCAAGUGGCUCGUGAGCUAGCCCAAGCUCUUGCAAUAUUGGACAAGAUGAAGGACGGCCGAGGUUUCUGUAAGAAUGGCGGCCAGAGAAUGCCAAUUCAUGUGCCUCUCCAUUGCUAUGGUGGCAUGAACAGGACCUGCGGUGCUUAUUGUGCAUUAGUCAUGGCACUUGCGUCGAUGACUAUGGAAAGCGCCAUUGCCAGUCCGGUGGAUCCAGCACCGAGGCUUCUACGCUCCAUUCAAGGAGCUGCACACUUACAGACGUUGAUCAUUGACAAGGUCACGCCAGUCUUGGCUGUGGAAAUUGUCAGUUCGCGCGCGGGCUGUGCCGACAUGGUGAACAGAGAUCGAUCCACAGGCGCCGACAAUCUGGAGCUGGCCGCUGUUGGGGUCGAAAGCAUGACCGAGAACAAAUGGUUGAAAGCCUUGCAGGACCCCAAUGAUAGGAAUGCCUUCGUGGAUGAGACAGUGGAAGAUGAGAACGAUAGCAGUGAGUUCGAGCCAGAGUGGCCUCCUGCUGGAGUGGCCCAUGCUGUUGUUUCAACUGCUGCGGAGGCAGCUCAACAUCUCUGA